GGGGGCCGGCAAUAGCAGCUCAUGCUUGUAGGGUGCGUCCACUGACUGCAGGAAAAGCAAUCAGGGCGGGAGAAACUUAGGAAACCACCCAGGGCCAAAGGAAGGAAAACUCAAUGCACAAAUUUGUUUCCAGUGGAGGCAAAGGCUGGCGUCGAUACCUGUACUGGGCAAUGGUCAGCGUAGCCUCACGUUCGGCCCCAAAGCCAGACAAGUGCUGGUUUAGGUAGGCCUCCAGGGACUUGCUGUCGAACUUGUGCUGGGGCAGCACUUCGGCCAAAUCGGACUCGCCAGUAGCACCUGGCUUCAUGAUCACGCCCGCAGGCCACAGCAACGCGGCAUCCACAGGUCUCGAGUGCCGAGGUCCUUCAGGAUUGGGGCAACGUCCCCUCUAGAGCGUGGGCCGAGGCCGGGGCGGGGUCUGGCUCCAGCCAACCACACACACCCUACGCGCCAUUGCUGAGCAACGCCUGCCCGCUGAAUCUGGAGGUUUUAGCUCUAGUCAAGUGCCAAAAGAGCCCAAUGUGUGUUCGGAUUUCAAUUCUCCAGUCAGCGUCAGAGUUGGAGGCCUCAAUUUUAAAGAAAGCAAAGCCAUGGUCAUCGUUGCGAGUAAGGAAAGACGCAGAAGCCUCUUCCAUCCCCAAAUUUAAUGCAACAGCAGGCGGAAGACCUGCAAGGUCCCAUUCAGAAAAAGGCCCGUCAGGACCUCGAGCCCAAGAAUAAAAAGACCCUGUUUCUCUUAGACACCCGGUUAGCAAGGCAACAUCGCAGGCCUCCUGCCCUGGACACUUAUCACCCCGGUCCUGCUGCGGCCGGGUUUAGCCGACUCAGCGAGGAAGGAAGCCGAAAGAGCCAGGUUUUUGCUGAGGGGGAGCGAUGUCUGCGACGCACCGGAAGUGGCUCCGAGGAAGGCCUGUGGGAGUCUCGGAGACGUGUCUGUCUGUGAGGCGCUGGGUGCACUUUCCCAGGGUUCUGGGCUAGGAAGGCAGCGGCGAGGUGCCUCCCCACGUACCCUUCGCGGGCCCAGCCGAGCAGCGUGGGGCGAAGGCGGCGGCGAAGGCCCGGGCUGGGAGCGUUGGCGGCCGGAGUCCCAGCCAUGGCCGACUCUGUGGAACGGCUGCAGCAGCGGGUCCGGGAGCUGGAGCGGGAACUUGCCCAGGAGAGGAGUCUGCAGGUCCCGAGGAGCGGCGACGGAGGGGGCGGCCGGGUCCGCAUCGAGAAGAUGAGCUCAGAGGUGGUGGAUUCGAAUCCCUACAGCCGCUUGAUGGCAUUGAAACGAAUGGGAAUUGUAAGCGACUAUGAGAAAAUCCGUACCUUUGCCAUAGCAAUAGUAGGUGUUGGUGGAGUAGGUAGUGUGACUGCUGAAAUGCUGACAAGAUGUGGCAUUGUUGCUACUCUUUGAUUAUGACAAGGUGGAACUAGCCAAUAUGAAUAGACUUUUCUUCCAACCUCAUCAAGCAGGAUUAAGUAAAGUUCAAGCAGCAGAACAUACUCUGAGGAACAUUAAUCCUGAUGUUCUUUUUGAAGUACACAACUAUAAUAUAACCACAGUGGAAAACUUUCAACAUUUCAUGGAUAGAAUAAGUAAUGGUGGGUUAGAAGAAGGAAAACCUGUUGAUCUAGUUCUUAGCUGUGUGGACAAUUUUGAAGCUCGAAUGACAAUAAAUACAGCUUGUAAUGAACUUGGACAAACAUGGAUGGAAUCUGGGGUCAGUGAAAAUGCAGUUUCAGGGCAUAUACAGCUCAUAAUUCCUGGAGAAUCUGCUUGUUUUGCGUGUGCUCCACCACUUGUAGUUGCUGCAAAUAUUGAUGAAAAGACUCUGAAACGAGAAGGUGUUUGUGCAGCCAGUCUUCCUACCACUAUGGGUGUGGUUGCUGGGAUCUUAGUACAAAAUGUGUUAAAGUUUCUGUUAAAUUUUGGUACUGUUAGUUUUUACCUUGGAUACAAUGCAAUGCAGGAUUUUUUUCCUACUAUGUCCAUGAAGCCAAAUCCUCAGUGUGAUGACAGAAAUUGCAGGAAGCAGCAGGAAGAAUAUAAGAAAAAGGUAGCAGCACUGCCUAAACAAGAGGUUAUACAAGAAGAGGAAGAGAUAAUCCAUGAAGAUAAUGAAUGGGGUAUUGAGCUGGUAUCUGAGGUUUCAGAAGAGGAAUUGAAAAAUUCUUCAGGUCCAGUUCCAGACUUACCUGAAGGAAUUACAGUGGCAUACACAAUUCCAAAAAAGCAAGAAGAUUCUGUCACUGAGGUAACAGUGGAAGACUCUGGUGAAAGCUUGGAAGACCUCAUGGCCAAGAUGAAGAAUAUGUAGAUAAUGGACUGGGAUAUAUUUUAUUUCUCAUGUUAAAGCCUCUUCCCUUGAAAUUAAAAAAAAAAAUUUAACUGAUAAAACUUAGGGCAACAUUAAUUAAUGGAUAUUCUUACCUGAAUUGUUAUACUUCUUGAAAAUCCUGUGACUUGCCUGUUUCUCCCCGCUCCAACGAAAUCAUUAACUCUCCUAAAAUGCGUUUCAUUCUAGUAAGAAAACCUCAAAGGAUAUUGCAGGAUAUAAAUCUUACUUGAAAACAUAGCUGUUGAAAUGUUUUGGCCUUUUGGAGUAGGGGAAGGACAAAUCUGAUCCUGUAAUCUUUUUCUUUCCAGUAAUCCCUUGUGUGUGUUGCAUGAGGACAUGGACAAUAAAGUAGUGUAUGAUCCUCAGAUACAGGGAGGACAAGGCAUACAGCUUAUUGAUUAGAGCUGGCAAGCAUCUGCUCAUUAUGUUUGGAAUUGCUUUCUAUAAGAAAAUUGCCCACUACUAUUAACUUGAUCAACAAUGAAUUCAAAAUAGUUAACCUGUGAAAUAACAUCCUCUCAAAUGUUUGCUGAUGAAAUACAAGUUGAAAUGUGGUUACUGGAAAAGUUUGUAACCUGUGGAUUAUAUAUAUUCAAAGUGAGACAAAGGCAAAUAAAAAGCAGCUAUCUUCAUGAAUAGACAAAGUUGAUUUCAGGAAGUAUAAAUUAUAUUCUGCACCGACCAAGGAACAGAAAUUAUUGCAUCUGUGGAACAUAUAUCUGGAGUUACUAUACUUACUGUAGAGCAAGGCAUAAAUUUAGACUAAAAUCCAUCCAGAUUACACUCAUUCUUUAGGCUACUCCUGGAUACUUUAUUUAAAUUUGAUUUUCAAGGUAGUGAGAUGUGGCAAGGUUUGUCCUGUAUAUUAGGCCUAAAGGAAAAGUUCUAAACUGCCUCUGCAAUGACUUGUAGUCAGUGGAAGAGUAUCACUUUCCCUGAUCAUGACCACUAAACUGUAAAUUGAUAUAAAUUAGUUUUCUCUCGAGUUACACCCAAGUUAUGAAGACUUAAGAGAACCUUGGUUGAAAUAAAUUUCCAAUAGUUUGGAGACUCGUAAAUACCAUGCAGGUGUAACCACUGCCAGUAGGUGUUUCUAUGCUUAUUUCCUAUUUUGAUUUUUACUUUGAAGAUAAGAAUAUCUAAAUUAUAUCUCUAGGGAGAAAAUGUCAUAAAAAAUUAAAAGUACAUCCCUGAUUGUAAAAUAAAGUUCAAAAAACUGAUUUCAGAAAGUCUCAAAUACCAAAUGUUUUCAAUAUAUUAGUUUUGAGAUGCUAGGAUUAUACUGUGAUUCUUAUGUUUAUAGUAAAGUCUGGAAAGCAGGAGGAUAGUUUUUUUAGCCUGGAAACUUAUUUAUGUUGCCUUGGUGAGUCUUUUAUCAUUUUUUAAAAAUUUAGCUUAUUCAACUGUAAAAUAGCUUUUCUAGUAUGAGAGAUGUUUUGAAUUUAAAAAAUGAAAUGCAGUUUUUCAAAA